AUGUCGUCACGUCGGAUAGAAGUACUACACGAGGCAGCUCUGAGUCAAUUACUGUCUGAUUCUGGCUUGGAGUGUAUUAAACCGGAUAUAGCGUCGUCUGAAUCUUCGUCUUCACACGAGGACAGUGAAGAACAAGGACUCCCGGAACAACACGAAGAAACAACACCGGUCAGCGUUCAAGAAAAUGAGUCUACUGCGACUGCGCCCUCAGUGGCAGAAGAAGAGACACCUCGCAUUUUCCCUUCGCCAUCGUUAAGAAGAAUCCUGCCGGAUAGCACCAGACUAAUCGAAGAGCAGAACCGCAUUCACGUUCUCCCAAAAGAAUUCAAGAGUAGCGUCGAUCCGGAGUCAAUACCGAGAAUCAGUCGCACCUCCCCGCAGAAGUACAUAGAUGCUCUGGCUGAUAUCGUCGGUUGUACGGAAUAUAAGACGAGCCUGGCCGAAUACUGGUUCCUGGAUACUCUUGCUUGCUUGCUCAGGAGGGCUCAGGCGGAUCUGAUGGACCGACCAACACAAGCUGUGCUGAUCCUUUGGUUCUGUGAGUGGAUGAGAGAGAUGCAGCGCUUCGAUGCGGCUGACAGACAACGAAUGAUGAAGAGAUUUGAGGAUAACAUGCUGUCAGCAGCACGUUUCGUGGCCGAUAAAAGCUUCCUGCCGACUCCAGCGCAAGCAGGAGUACAUUUCGAGGAGGUGGAGGUUGAUUCACAGCUGGUCGCGGCUACCGAAUCAAAGCACGCCGUAACCUUCGAAGGCGCCGCCUAUGAAUGCUCUUUACGAGACCUAACCAAGAUUAUACAUUAUAUAUAUGACCUAUUCGGCACGGACUACCAAUACGAGUUGAUACGAUCGAUCUUCACGUUCACACCGGAUUACAUCCAAACCGAUUCUCCGUAUCCUAUCCGUAACCCGAAGCGGCUGUACGCACCAAUAAAACAGAAGCCGAAGAAAGAUAAAUCGCCUAAGAGAGACGCCAAGAGCGCUGGCAAGGGAAAGAAAAGGGACGUCGAUACAGAAGAGUAUUUAGCUUUGAUGGCGCUCAAAGCAAAAGAAGAGAAAGAGUUGGAAGAACAAGAAGAGUUGGAUAGGGAGGCCUGGAAUCGAAAGAGUCACAUACUGCCCCUACUCUACGCAGCUGACGAUGGCUUCUUCGAUAAGUACUGGCCUCCUCCGCCGCCCGAACCUGAACCGAUCGUCGAGCCAAACCUUAAGGGGAAAGCUAAAGGGAAAGGGAAGAAAUAG